AGGCACGCCAGCUGCAGACCUAUGUAUAUUUCGAUGUGCCUACUCGACCACACGCUCGUUGUCGUUGUAACUGAGGAGGUCCUCGACACAGACAUAUAUACAUAUGUAUAUGUCUAUGGUCCUCGAUGCAGCCUGCGGGAAGGGGCGGUACCUUAAGGCGGUACUUGUCGUACCUUGGUUGCCCCUCGCGACCCUGAAUACAGAAGCAGGCCAUGAGUAAACAAUCAGGCAGCCUGGGUGUGGUAUCGAUAUAUUUAUUUAACUUGAAUGAGAGUGGCUCUGUAACCCGUGCUUAGUUACCGCUAACUAACUAACAUUACGGUUAUACUAGACAUACUGGCUGAGGUGUACUUAGGUUUACUAACAUUAAGUUAGUUAAUGUGGAAAGUGGCUAACAUAACGACGCUAAAUAGCUUGAUAGCUACAGCCACAUGCAGGAUAGGUAGAUAGUCUAGCAUCUAGCGUUAAUGUAGGGUAUGUUAGCUAGCUAGUCUCCAAUAUAUUGACAGCGUUAGCUUAUCCCAGGUAACAUUCGUUUAAUGAUCAAAAUAUGUAAUUUUUCGUUUCAUAUGUAAAUUUUCGUUCUCGUUACUUGUCUGCUAGUCAUGAUGGGUCUUACGUUUGCUAUCGACGUAGCUAGAGUUACAAUUGCCUGACCUCACUUAUCUGACGUUAAUUUUAUUUACUAAGAUAUGUCAAGGUAGAUAAUAAUAAUGAUAACUGAUUGACGUGUGCUACUCAUGUUAUCUGCGCUUAUGAACUAGUUAGCUAAAGUGAACGACACCAGUGGGGGGGAGCUUCAUUGUCCGCCCGUGACUGCAGUGCUAAUUAGGGUACAUCAUGGCUAACGUUACUGCUCCGCACAUGCCGCAGGAUUACAGCUCAGCUUUAGGCUAAUAAUAUUACAGCAACCUUGUUAAAUAGUUAACCUGUCUAAAAAUACUGGUGCUCGCGCGGGUGCAGCUACACUUCCCGAAGACAAUGGCGGCACACAAGUAAUUGAUAAUGUAUAAAUGUAAAGCACUAGGAACCAGCACUAGCUAAAAACGUUAGCCGUUCUGUAAAAAGACUAUUUGGCUAGGAUAGCUAAACAUUGUGGUUUCUCUGGUUUUGGAGAUAGCUACUGGUGAUUCGUGUCCGAGAUGGCAGACGAAGGAUGCGUAACAAAGCUAUGUUCACUUUUGGUUGUGCACUGAACCUACCUCUUUGGAGUGUCUCCAAACAUUCUGCCGAGGGGAUAUUGGAUUUAUUCUGCACUUCACACGUUAUGAACAUCUAACCUUUACCACGUAAUGAUCGGACAGUCUAUCCUGGAUUUUGUGAUUAGUUGACACGAAUGAGGGGCUUGCAGUGAGCUGGCGCUAGACUUAGGCCUGGUUCUGACCAUGGCCCAGAUGACUGAGAGCUCCAAUGGGUCCCUGCCCCCACGCAACGCACUUGGGAGCCAGAAGGAUGCCUCCUUCCUGGACAUCGAAGGACGGUCUGACUGCCUGGAAGCCAGGAUGGAGGUGUGGCCAGUGCACGAUUUGGCUGAAUUGCAUGCGUCUGAGGAAGACCAGAAAAGAAUAAGUCCUUCGCUUGACGCGUUGUCUCAGGACCGAUCUGAUGUUCCCUGCAUGCCAAGUUCAUUCUCCUGGUCCCUGCAGAAGGCGGAGGCUUUGUUGCGGACUAGGCUGAACCCAGGGCUGCGCUGGCUGCUCAAACAGAAGUCCUUUGAUGGUGGUUCUGACCCAGACAAAGAGGACACCUUCAUGGUAUGCCAGAACCUGACGUCCCGCUCCUCACGCCGCUUGCAGCAGCUAGAGCAGUGUGUGCUCGGACUGAGCCAGCAGUGGCAGGUGCAGCGUGCAUCCACCGGAAUGCAGUAUGGAUGCAUCAGGAUCCCAUCCCCAGACAACUGUGAGUUUCACCACCACCCGGCUGCAGUUACCUUCGGCCAGCACUACUCCCUGCUGCAGGACCUGCUGGAAGACCGUGCCCGGCUCCUCUUCCUCCACGAGUUUGCCCAUCGGUACCAAGCCGCCACCACAUUCGUCGCAAACCUGGCCGGCCUGCUGGAACGGGAGCGGGCGUCGCCAGGUGCCAGGGGGCGAGGCCCAUGUCCUGUGUGGUGCUAUGGCGUCGGAGCUCUGUGCGAGGAACUGCGGGUCCACUUGGGUCACUGGGGUCGCCUCCGUGCCAAGGCCCAGGCUGAGCGCUGGCUGAGGUCCGCCUCCUUCUGGAGCUCUAGGACUCCGGCUGAGGCGCAACAAAGCUUGACGCUGCUGGGGCUGCAGGCGCUGGCUCUGACAGAAGAGUACCUCCAGGCAGCCCUGGCUGCCCUGGCAUGGGCUGGCCCAGAUGGGGUGUCUACAGAAGCCCUGGAGGACACACUGGCUGGGUUGGAGGCCUUCAACCACAUUUUGGCCGAACAGGGCGUCCAGCGUGGGGCCAUGGCCCAGAGGGCGAUAGCCUGCCCUGCUCUGCUCACGGCAGCCGCACUGCUUCGCAUCCUGGCAGAGCACAGGGGGUGGGCGGCCGCCGAGGCUCUCCACCAAUGGGCCGCUGCAUGGAGCAGGCCCCUCCCCGUGCUCUGCGCCUCUCCUCUGAGGUGGAAGUGGGAACAGUUUGAUUGGCCUUGCCUGCUGGAUCCUCUUAUUUCACCAACAAAGACCACAGUUCUCCCCAUGUGCCCUUGUCCACUGACUGUUUUCGUCAAACAGGAUGCCGAGUUUGCAGCGAGAAUUAUCCAGGCCCUGCUGUCAACCACCAACCUGCUGGUGCCCCACAUACCCACCCAGCCCAUUGCGGACCGUCCCCAAAUGGUGGAUGGCUUCCCUGCACACCCCACAUUGGGUAGCGGGGCUCAAGACGGGCAGGCGACCAAGAGGUGCAAGUUUGUGCAGUGGAGAGACACGGGCAAGUCUGAUGCUUGCGCAGCUGUGGUGGUCCAGUACAGACGUGCUCUGUGGAAGGAGUUUGGCAGAGCCCUUCUUGCCCUUCUUUACUACCCCCCUCCUGACUGCAUUCUGGGAAGUCUAAACCAGUGUACGGAUCAAGCAGUUUUUCUGCUGGUCACAGAGCUGCACAGUGCCUGCAGAAAAGUUUCACUUCCUGAGGAAUGUGAAGGUUUGCUAAACAAUCUCUGCACCCAGAUUGCCUGCAAAACAGCACUGAGUCACUGGGAUGAAGUUCUAUGUGUGUCUCUGGGGACGGGAAUGAAGGAUAAAUGUCUUCCUGAUUCUGUGGGGGGAGACUCUGCAGUCAGGACCCCCACCGCAGAGCUUCUCCUGCAGCUCCUUCCCCCACUCCACACCACCCUGAACUGCCUGGAGCACUCAGUUGGGGGCAGCACUGAGCUCUUGGAUCCAAGGACCCUACGCUUCCUCCAGGUUUUGCUGCUGAGUCAGGCCGUAGUCACUGUCCACAGCUCCACCUUCUGGGUUAUGAGCAAAGCCUAUCAGUUCCUCUGCUCCUGGUCCCUUAACAAGUUUCUGCUGGUCACCCUAGGAGACCUUAAGGUUCUGAAAGCAGCAAUGGAGAGUCUUGUACUGCGUGUGGAGGCACUUUUCCAUGACAGGGGCACUGUGCUUUCCCCUAUUGAGUGGCAUGCAUCCCAGCUCACCCGCGGAGUUACAGACCUACAGGUCUUCUCACAGCUAGUCCUGAGGAUCUUUUCCAAGGAUUGUAAGAAGAUGGCUGUGGAAAUCUUUGAACAGACCAUGCCUUCAGGGAAGCACUGGAGAAUUACCUGUAAAGCAGAGUUGCCAAGCAGCCCCAGUGACUAUGCGGCGUCUGCAGCCCAGAGUGUGAUUGGGCAGGUGCUAGAGGGAGUGCAGCCUCUGCCAGAUGAGGCACGGAUCCCAGCCCUGACUGAGGCCAUGACUGCUUUCAUGGAAGCCUGGAUGGAGCACAUUCUCAAACAGAAGAUCAAAUUCAGCCUCCAGGGGGCACUGCAGCUGAAGCAGGACUUUGACCUGAUUCGGGACCUAAUCCGGUCAGAGGAGUAUCGACUGUCAGAAGAAAUCCACCAGCGGCUGCUGUCUUUGCGGGUCUUUCACCAGAUGGACAGUGCCAUUGUGUGUCUGCUGCAGCAACCUGUCGCCAAACCUUACAUUCCGUCCCGUGGCUGGGACCACUUCCGCCGUUGCUGUCCAAACAGCAGCUCGCUCGUGGACCCGGGGUCUGGCAGUCUGAACAGUCUGGAGAGCAUGGAUAUCCAGGCAGCGCGGAAUCAGGCUCUGACUGAGGCUGAGGAAUCCCUGGCCCCCCGACUGCUGGCUACAUCGCCACCGGAGUCCUACCUGGCCAUCUCACAGCAAGAAUGGCUGGCACUUCGCAUCCACAAUGGCACGCGCUGGAAACUUCCAGGUCUGCGUUGCCUGAACAAGUCAGAGCCCUGACUCUGGAUCAGCAUGCUCUUAAUGAGCACUGACUCUGGAUCUGUGACAGGGGUAACUCACCAGCAGAAACCGUUUUCAUCCUCUGGCUGCAGGGUGCAAUUGGCUACAAUUUUUGGUUUCGGGCACAAUACUUAAAUAUAUGAAAUAAUUUAUUUAUCAUGAAAUUACUGAAAGCCCCGUGAGCGAUUACAAGUGAGCUCUAGAAGUUUAUCCAAAAGCUGAGCCUUAAUUUAACUUAAGUACCUCAUAUUAAUGGGCAUUAUACCAGUGAAAAUAUACUGUAAACAUUUCUGGUAUGAUUCAACACAGUUAAAAUAAAAAAACAUUUUCUUGUGAUGUAAUUUAAAUAGAUGAAAGGUGAGAUUUUAUCCUUACAUUUUCAUUGAUUUUAUUGAUUUUAUAAAAGGUGACAUUGACCUGUUUUAUGUUGUAGUGUGGAGCCAUUGACUUGAAUUGCUAACCAAGCCAUAUCCUCUCCCAGGUUACUUUUACGUAUCUCAGAAUGGGACAGGGAGGCUUUAUGAUCUGAAAAAUGGGUGGAGCUCUCAGUGAUCAGUGAUUCACUGAUUUGAGCCAAUCAUGGUCUUUCCUAUGGAGGGCAAUCUUGAUUGGUCAAUACAAUCUCCAUGGACACGUCACAGCUCCACACUUUAAAUUGAUUGUUUUGUAAAAUGUGAAGUACAUAGAUGCACUUGUAUUAUCCUCAGCUAAUUUUACAAAGUAGUAUAGCAAUAUGAGACAAAUAUUGAUAUCAUUUUAAACAUAUAAACGUAUUUUUUAAUUACAUGGUUCAACUCAGCUAGCAUGUGAACUGAAAGAUUUAUUUUAAUGGUGUUUUCUGAAGGAUGCUAUGGGCUAAUACAAAAUCACAAUUUCUGAACAGUAUUUAUUCUUAUACUGGUGCUCAAUUUAAAAAUGAACCUUUACUGUAACAGAACAUUUCAAAAUUAUUUUUGUACAAGAAUUGUCAAGAUUGUUUUGUAAAUGUGUUGUGCAUCAUGGUUUGCACAAGAUUUACAAUAAUGUAAUUUUAUAAGCGAUUUUGUGCUGUAGAAUGCUCAAAGAAGUUACAUUUUCGUUUCAAAAUGCUAUCCUUUUCUGCUGGACAGUAAAAUAAACAAUGUUUCAUUAUAAA